UCCGUCCUUGCUACUGAGCAACGUUCCAGAUAGGAUUUGAUGCACGAUCCUGUCGUGUGAAACCGGCACCGGAACAGUACAAAUUCCGUGCUGUACAAUGAUACUCAAUCGUGUAAAUCGCUUGAUUGUGUUGCCUGAGUUCUAUCAAAAAACAUUAUCAGUUCGCUUACAACUGAAUCAUGUCAGUUGUAAUUAUAAUUGUAAUCAUGUAUUAACGAAAUCUGCAACCGCGAUCAUCCGCGAUGAUGGAAUACACGUAAUUGAUUAACCGAUAACUUCAUUAACAAGAGCAUUUUGGGUGUAGUGUAGUAGUAGUACAACACACCACUUAAUACAUAUAACACCUUUUUUAUGGCGUUUGUCUUUUCACUCUGCAAAGUGCUUUCCAAGUAAAUCCAACACAAAACAUUAUGCGGUCGAUUCUGCUAACAAUACCAUUCACCGUUGCACUGUUCCUGAUUGAUCCUGGUGACGGUUUACUACGCGUAAUUCUAGACUUUGAUCGAUGGGAAGUUAAUAAUGGUUCAGCGUUCUUCAACAUGGAAAAAUUUCGAAUACGUAAGUUUAACCGAACGCUUUCGGUGAUGAACGGUACGGGAGUGCUGCUAGUCGAUCUGGACAAUCGUUACACGUAUGGAGUACACUUUGCACGUAGUGCCCAGGGUAACAAUCAGUUCAAUGCGUACCCAAUGAAGCUAGCAGCGAAACCGUUCUGCGACUUUAUCAAUACGUACUAUCGUGAAUAUCAGCAUCUGUUUCUGAAGUAUACCAACCUACCGCCUGUGACGGCUGAAGGAUUAUGUCCAUUCCCGAAAGGGACUUACUGGGCGAAGGAUGCGUACAUUGACUCGUCCGUCAUACCAGUGGUCGUGCCGGAAGGACUGUGGCGCUGUACUACCGAUCUUGUCGAUACGGUUACCGGGGAGCUUGUGGCCCGUGGGUCGAUGUACGUUAGAUUAAGUAAAGAACUAAUGUAGAAUAAAUCAGCAGGGAAAUACUUUGCAAUAAUGAGUUUAUGAGUUCAGAAUUCAGUAUCAAAAUACAAUUCGGAUUGUUCCCUUACCAAGAACCGACUAUCAGGCUACGUUUUAAAAAUAAAUCAAAUCAAACAGUUAUGGCGGACAUAAGACCUAAUACGUCGUCAGCGCCAAGAAGGAGAAAGUUAAUAAAUUGAAACAAAAUACAACAUCCAUCACAAAUGGAAAAUCAAUGUGCAGUUUGUGAAUAAUCAUGACUAUUUAAGCUACACUCAAAGUCCACACAAAUUGCAUGCAUUGCAUUAUUUGACAAAUUGUUUGUUUGAAUCUUUUAAUUAUAUUCUAACAAGUAAAUAAGAGAUCCCAACUCCGCCUAACAUGAUCAUUAAAGCCAUGUAAUUAAGUCCCAGUACAUUGAUAAUACUCUUGUAUGAAAACAAUUUUGCAAAAGUCUCGUACUGUUAUUUCGAAUUGUAUUUUUAGUUUUAUCUAUACGUUAGAAAACAUUGUCUAAGUGCCAUUAAUUGUGGGUCAGAUUUAUAAACAUUGUUGCUACUAUUUCGUUGCAACUGUUAGUGAUCACGCAAAUAACAAUAUCCGUACAACUUCACAUCCAAUAAAAGGAACAUAUUAUAAUGAAUACAUAGUCAGUAGUGUUCCCGAAAAGCAUCGCGACCAUGAGAAUCACCUUGUACCUAAACGCACUGGCAUUUGUCCUGCUGUUCUUCACGUUGAAACGAUGUGAUGGACUGAUAAAAGUCAUAAUCGAUUUUGAUCGUUGGGAAUUGUUUAAUGGGACGGAUUUAUUCAACAUGGAAAUGAUUCGUGUGCGAAAAUACAACCGGACGAUGUCGGUCCUGAACGGUACGGGAGAGUUACUGGCCGAUCUGGACGAUAAGUAUAAGUUUGGUUUUAACUUCGCACGUAGUGCCCAAGGCAAUAAUCAGUAUAAUGCGUACCCGAUGAAGCUUGCGUCACGACCGUUCUGUGAGUUUAUAAAAACGUACUACCGAGAGUAUCAGCAUCUGUUUCUGAAGUUCACCAAUCUACCAUUUGUACCGGAUGAAGGACUGUGCCCGUUUCCCAAGGGAAAAUAUUGGGUAAAGGAUGCGUACGUCGAUUCGUCCGUUAUACCGGUGGUCGUACCGGAAGGACAUUGGAGGGCCUCAUCUGAUCUACGCAUUAUCGAAACGAAUGAAUUGGUAUCGACUGGAUCUUUGUAUGUCAAAUUAACGAAGGAAAUUGCUUGAAAAAAAUGCUUCUUGAUUGUCUGUAAUAUGAUCAAAUUGCAAAAUAUAAAACAUUGAACAUUAUAAAGUCGAUCAAGAUAUCUGUUAUCAAAUGAGAAAGGAAAGAGAAAUUUGUGUUAAAGUAUUAAAAUAAAUCAAAAUCAUUGUUAAUGUUUUUAAUUUAAUAUUCGAUCCGUUCGAAAGGUCUUGAAACAUUCAAACAAAAAUAUCGUAUAUUAAAAUUAGUCAUACUGCAAUAAGUUUUGCACAAUUGACUAAAUUAAUGUGCCAAUCUCAGGAGAAGUCUUGGCCUACCAUUUUCUUUCCUUUCCUUGACUUGAU